CUUGUGAUUACGUCCAUCCUCCGCAGCGGAGCAAGUACUGGGGCCCAGCUCGUCGCCGUUAACAACAGUCUGGUCGCAAAAAUCUACGAUCCUCUUUAUUGCUAUUCAAGCGAUGAUCGCGAUGUCGUGGCGUGCGCUGAGCAGGCAUACUGCCACGAAGCUGCGGCAUACUCCCAUCUGCAGAAGCAUUCCGAGAUCUCGCUCAACUUAUCGACAUCUCUCAUCGAACACGGUCUCAAAGUCGUUAAAUCACGCGACGUGCAUCUCAUUCUUAUCGAGUAUCUGCGAGGUGUGUGUAUGGUCAACCUCGAUCCAUACAGGCUGUCUGAAUACGUACGCUGGGAAAUUCUUAAGCAGUGCAUCGAAGCCGAGAUACGGAUGUUAUAUACUGGUCUUGAUCACAGUGACUUUGUCCCUCGCAACAUCAUAAUACUGGGCUCAGACUACCACACCCCCCAACUGCAGGUCAAAGUCGUCGAUUUCGAGUUCUGUAGGCUCCUGGCACAUCCUGGCUAUUCUAAUCGAAAAUUAGGGCAGAGAAGAAUGUUGGCGUUCAAGAACAUGGCUCCUAGAGUCGCUAAUCCCGUUCAACGAUACUGCGGUGGACUUGCUGCGUUUGCCGACCUUGGAUGGUGCUCUGAUGACCGGUUCUCUGUACAGGAAUGGUUGUGGGAUACCUUUGGUAACGACGAUCGCUAUGUUCCAGCCAAAUGGGCAUUAAAACGGCCGGGAAGGGUUUAG